AUGCGCAGAGGGGGGUCGUCCGACUCCCUCCUCGUCGGCAGCCCGUGGAGCGGCUACACCGCCGUCGUCGAGCGUGAGUCUGCAGGGCGCGGCACGGAGGACUCUCGAUGCGGCACGGAGCGGACCAUCAUACGUGGCAUGGUGCUGAUCGGCAUCUGCAUGCUCGUCUUCACGCUCUCCUCCUCGCUGCGCGCCACGCCCGGCAGCCGCGCUGUCAUCGCCGGAGGGCUGGGAGUGCGCACGGCGGCGGGGCGGCCGCAGCUCCCUCGCGGCGCUGUCGUCCUCGUCACCGGCGGCGCCGGCUUCGUGGGGCUCCAUCUCUGCCUGCGGCUGCAGCGCGAGCACGUGCGGGUCGUCGCGCUCGACUCGCUCACGCCCUACUACUCGCUGGCACUCAAGGCGGCCGCGAAGCGCAGCCCGAGCCGCUUCCUCCCUCGCGCCCUCUCCUCCGCUCGCACCCUGUCCUGCCGCUCCGCCUUGACGCCCGCUUCCUGCCCGCGCUCACAGCGCGCGCGCGUCGAGCAGCUGCGAGAGGCGGGGGUCGAGGUUGUCGAGGCGGACAUGUGUGACGAGGCCGGCCUGCGCGAGCUCAUCUCCUCGCGCGGCGUCACGCACGCGGGCGUGCGCUACUCGCUCUCCAACCCGCAGUCGUACAUCCGCUCCAACCUGCAGUGCUUCGUCUCGCUGCUCGAGGCGCCGCCUCCCGCUCCGCCCUCGCCCGCCCCCCCUUUCCCGCCCCUCCCUCCCGCUCCCACCGCCCUCCCCCCGCCCUUGUGCUCGAGUCCGAGCUCGGCGUCAAGGCUCGCCUGCCGCGCCAAUCGCACGAUGGUCGAGAUGGCGCCGGGCGACGUGUCCGCGACCUAUGCCGACGUCAGCCACGCGCGAGAGCGAUUGGGCUAUUCGCCGAGCACGUCCAUCGAGAUGGGCCUCCAUCGCUUCAUCGAGUGCGCACGAGGAGCAGGGAGGGAGGUCGCCUAG